AUGGCACAGGAUAGGAGAAGUUUAGAAAAGAGAAGAAGAUGCGAAGCCAGUGCAGCUGCAUUGGUCGACUGUUUGGACAUGCUGAUAGAGAUUCUAAUGCAGCUUCCGGCAAAGCAGAUUUUCAGAACAAAGGCAGUGUCAAAAGAAUGGUACUCCAUAAUCUCUGAUCCUAUUUUUGUUGUAAAUUAUGCCAAAAGAAACUCAAAAUCUCUAUCGGGGUUCGUCUUGAAUGGUCGUAGAGCCCCAUCCCCAGAAUUUUUCUUCGUUUCUCUAAGAGGCAAUACUAGCAGACCAGCUAGAGACCCACAAUUCAUUCACAUCCCCCAGAUCAAAAUUCAAAAUAUAUGCAAGGGGUUGUUGUGUUAUUCUCAGCCUCACAUGGAUGACUCUGGGUUCACUUCUUAUUAUGUUUGUAAUCCUACUUCUGGGCAAACCAAAAGAAUUAGUGUUCUUGACCAUUCUGACAACAGGAGAGUAAUGUCCGUUGAUUUGGCUUUUGAUCCUUUGAAAUCAGCUUUCUACAAUCUGAUUUUUGUUACUGAAUUAUCUCGGUCAGAAUCCCAGCAACUGAUCAAGAUUGGCACCUAUUCCUCCAAGACUCAGUCUUGGACCUAUGGGCUGCAUAAUUUGGCUUACGAGGUAGGCUUUGGACAUGGGGUUCAUUGCAAUGGUGCUAUUUAUUGGCGCCAUGUGAGAAACAACUCUGUGUCUUACUUUGAUUUUGAGGCAAAUUGCAUUCAAAACUUGAGAAUUCCCCAAAUGACAUCAGAACCCUACCGGACGAACAUUGGUUACCUUGGGGAGUCGGGCGGGCGCUUGCAUCUUGUCAGGACCUGCAGACCGAGCAGCAUCCGCUUCACCGUCUUUGAAAUGAAGGACGAUAGGUCGGGGUGGUUGGUGAAGUGUCAAAGCGAUUUCGGGGAUUUGGUGGCUUGUUUUCCGAGGAUGGGAAGGUUUGCCCAUGGGCCUUAUCAGUUUAAUCUGAUGAACCUGUUUGAAGGUGAACGAGAAGAGGACUUGAACAUUGUGCUCAAAAUACCAGGUGCUGUGGUCCAGUAUAAUGCCAAGGACAAGACCUCAAGGAAGCUCCGGGGUCUGCCGCGAGGUUGCGUUUACAGUGAGUUUUCAUUUUUUCACUCGUCUAAAUCCUACCAAUGCAUUGAGACUCUUGCUUACAUAUGA